UUCAGUCGCCGUCUCCAGGAGGGGCAUGGAGGGAAACGGAUGUCCGACUCGCUGAGCAAGCCCUGCUUUGGAUCUAUCCCCGUGGACUCCUCUCUCUCGAGGAAAAUGGUCAAUAGAGACAUGAAUGGCUUUCCUGUCAAGAAGUGCUCCGCUUUUCAGUUUUUUAAGAAGAGGGUACGAAGAUGGAUCAAGAGCCCAAUGGUUAGCAUGGAAAAACAUCAGACAAGCAGUCUUAAAUAUCCGGGCGCCACUGUGAUGCACAUACCUCAGGGGGAGCCUGACAUUGAAGUCCCGUUUUGUCAGAUGUGCUUCAAUGAUCACACGUUUCCAAAAGGGAUCAUCUCACAGGAUUCUGAAUCCUGUUCCUGGGAAGGACCCCGAAGCUGCAAUAUAAAAGAACUCUAUGGCAAAGAAGAUUUGCUGACUCAACCUGAUCAGAGAACUUUCUGGAAUAGUGAUGACUCUGCUUUCAUGAAACAGAGAAGAAUGGGGCUGAACGACUUCAUUCAAAAAAUAGCCACCAACUCCUAUGCAUGCAAACAUCCUGAAGUACAAUCAAUUCUGAAAAUUUCCCAGCCUCAAGAACCAGAACUUAUGAAUGCCAAUCCUUCUCCUCCACCUAGUCCAUCUCAGCAAAUCAACCUUGGCCCAUCAUCUAACCCUCAUGCUAAACCAUCAGAUUUCCAUUUCCUGAAAGUUAUUGGGAAAGGUAGUUUUGGAAAGGUUCUCCUUGCAAGGCACAAGGCAGAAGAACAAUUCUAUGCAGUAAAAGUACUCCAGAAAAAAGCAAUCCUGAAAAAGAAGGAGGAGAAACAUAUUAUGUCUGAACGCAAUGUCCUCCUUAAGAAUGUGAAGCAUCCUUUCCUGGUGGGACUUCACUUUUCCUUCCAGACAGCUGACAAAUUGUAUUUUGUCCUAGACUACAUCAACGGUGGAGAGUUGUUCUACCAUCUCCAGAGGGAACGUUGCUUCCUGGAGCCAAGAGCUCGUUUUUAUGCUGCUGAAAUAGCUAGUGCACUGGGUUACCUGCAUUCUUUGAACAUUGUAUACCGGGACUUGAAGCCAGAGAACAUUUUGCUCGAUUCUCAGGGCCACAUUGUUUUGACUGACUUUGGACUCUGCAAAGAGAACAUUGAACACAACGGCACAACUUCCACAUUUUGUGGCACUCCUGAAUACCUUGCCCCUGAAGUCCUUCACAAGCAACCUUAUGACCGGACUGUGGACUGGUGGUGCCUUGGGGCAGUUUUGUACGAGAUGCUUUAUGGAUUGCCCCCUUUCUACAGCAGAAACACAGCAGAAAUGUAUGACAACAUCUUGAACAAACCUCUACAAUUGAAGCCAAAUAUCACCAACUCUGCUAGACACCUUUUGGAAGGACUUUUGCAGAAGGACAGAACUAAGAGGCUAGGAGCAAAGGAAGACUUUAUGGAGAUUAAAAAUCACAUUUUCUUCUCUCCAAUUAACUGGGAUGAUCUUAUAAAUAAGAAGAUUACACCACCUUUUAACCCAAAUGUGAGCGGGCCCAAUGAUCUGCGACACUUUGACCCUGAGUUUACAGAGGAGCCUGUCCCAAACUCCAUUGGCCAGUCUUCAGACAGCAUCCUCAUCACUGCCAGCGUCAAAGAGGCUGCCGAAGCAUUUCUGGGCUUUUCCUAUGCUCCCCCCAUGGAUUCUUUCCUUUGAAUUUUAUGAUUUCUUUUCUUUUUUUAAAAAAAAAUAAUAAUCGUUCUUUUGGCAUUCUGAUCGAGCUGCCAGUUGCCUGGUCAUCUUGAAAGAUAAGAAAUUUUUUGCACAUCUUCCCACUGUGUGGCAGCUUUGCAGCCUUAAUUUCAAACUCUAUCGUUUGCUGAAAGCUUUUUUUUUUUUUUUUGAAGGGGGGGUGGUGUUGUUCUUGUCAACUGGAAGAGCACAUUUAACUCCUUUUGCGUGAACUCAUGACAUUUCACUACUGGUUCUUCCCAGUCACCCAAGUGGUGCUACAUCACGGUUGCAAGUUCUAAAAGGAGAAGGGAAAAAAUGCAGCUGCUGCCAUAGAUUGCUCUAAAGUAUAAGCCUCAGAACAAAACUCCUUGAGUGUCCUUGAUUGGUGAGCAUAGCGCCCCCAACUUGGAGAUCUUUCUGGAUGUGAAGAGAACUUUAUGAAGACGUGCCUUUUUUCCCCCUCCGGACGUUGAGAUCUUUGUGAACUCUGAAGUUUUUAUCACAAGAGUGCUUUUGGAUUCAUGUGUGAGCGAGUGUGUAACAUGGACAAAUGGCAGGAGUGUGAUUUGUAUAUUCCCCCAGAUGGACUUAGCUCAGAGGUGUCUAUGUGACACUUGGAGGGCAGUGUGGGGCAUUGUUCGUUCCUUCCAUAUUUGGAAGACAAUAAAUUAAUAAAUGUAGAUAGUGAUUUUUUUAAGAAAAAUAUGUAAAAAAUAUAUAGUUCAAAUGGGCUUCAACUACUUGUAUCCCAAAUGCUUGAAGAAAGCAUUGCUGCUAUGGAAAUAUAUAUAUACAGAAAGAUAUGUAUAUAAAUAUUUCUAUUUUUAGAAAUGGUUUCUAUGGACCAAAAUGCCCCAGCUGUUGUCUGCUAAUCUUUUGGGUUAGUUCAUUUUUUUUGUUCAUAAUCUGUAAACUUGGGCAUUAUUUAUGGGUAUUGUUUGCUUGCAUUCCUUGUUGUAUGUAUUUGUAAAAAGAUGUGUACAGUUGAUUGCAAUGCUAAAUGAAUAUUUAAAAGAAAAAAAAAAACUUUAAAGGCUCAUAAUGUAUACCACCAUUGUAAUGUACUUAACAUGGUUAUAUGUACCAUUUUUGUGACCAAACCCAUUGGUUUGCAGUAAAAUCUUGGACAAUAUUUCUA